AUUUUCUGUUCCUUUUUUCAAUUUAUUUUCAUCGAUUAAUUUUAUCAAUGGUAAUUAAUUAAUUUAAUUUAUCUCUUAUCUUAGUGACUGUUUAUUUAUUUAAUUAUUAAGUUAAAUCAACAUUUAGUCAAAUUAUUAUUUUAUUGUGUUAUUGGUCCAAAUUGAAAAGACAACAUGGAUAACGGAGUCAACAACAUUAACCAAGAUGAAAAACCUACAGCCUGUGAUAGUCACAUAACCAUUGGGAAGCCGAUCAACUCUCUGACGAUGUCUCUCAGCUCUUCUCUCUCUAUACUUUUUUUUGUUUUCACAUAAUAUGGUAAAAAAACUAAUUGCUUUAAAUUCUAAUCAUAUUUGCUUCUUUAUUAAACAGAUGAUGCUUCUUCUCCUGAUUUGUCAGCUGUUCAACAAACUGGUACAUUGAUAUGUGGUCCUGGUGCCCUUCGAGCUUCAGCAAUUCAAGCUGGAUUGGUUAAACUUACACCGGAACAAUAUGAGUCCAUCACCAAAGCCAAAAAAUAUGCCAUGGAGCAAAGCAUUAAGAGUGUUCUUGUCAAACAAACCAUAGCCCACCAACAACAACAGCAAAAAUCACUACAGCGGCAUCAAGCUUUGGUGCUUAUGUGCCGUGUUUAUGUUGGAAGUAUUAGUUUUGAGCUUAAAGAGGAUACUGUUCGACAAGCAUUUUUACCUUUCGGCCCCAUUAAGUCAAUUAACAUGUCUUGGGACCCUUUAACUCAGAAGCAUAAAGGGUUUGCAUUUGUUGAAUAUGAAUUACCGGAAGCUGCUCAGUUAGCUUUAGAUCAAAUGAAUGGUGUCAUGAUUGGUGGUCGAAACAUCAAAGUAGGAAGACCUAGUAAUAUGCCACAAGCAGCGCCGAUAAUUGAACAGAUCACCAAUGAAGCCAAAAAGUUUAAUCGUGUUUAUGUUGCUUCUAUUCAUCAGGAUUUAACUGAACAAGAUAUUCAAUCAGUUUUUGAAGCUUUUGGUAAAAUCAAAAUUUGUAAAUUAGCUCAAUCUCAGUAUCCCGGAAAACACAAGGGCUAUGGUUUCAUUGAAUACGAAACGGAUCAAGCAACAAGUGAUGCGAUCACAUCAAUGAAUUUAUUUGAUUUAGGAGGUCAAUAUCUUCGUGUUGGACGAGCAAUCACUCCACCGAACUGUUUAGAUGGACCCACUGCUCCUAGUACGAUGCCAACUGCUGCAGCAGUCGCAGCCGCGGCAGCAACUGCCAAAAUCCAAGCCAUGGAGGCAACAGGUAUAUCGCCGGUAACCAAUUCAUCUUCUGGAACCUCUCCUUUAAUCGAAGGAGUAACAGCCAUUCCUGCUACCGGUUUAUCACUUCCUACAUCUUUAAAUAUUGGUGGCUCAACGAGUUUGAUGGCUUUAGCAGCGACACAAGUACAACCCGUAUUAGCCGCAAAUGCACCAGGAAUCAUCACCGGUGUGACAGUAAAUCCAGCCCCAACUCUCAUCUCAACUCUCUCAAUCCCAAUAGUGACUCAACAAACUACUACUACAGUUUCACCAAAUAGCACAAUAACAACACCAUUAUCAACAAUUACACUUAAUAAUAGUACCAAUAACAAUAACUCCUCAGCAUCAAACACCAAUGAUUUAGUAAAUAAGGUGGUUGUAAGUGGACUUGCAGCCGCUCAAGAAAAAGCUUCAGCACUCGCUGCUUCCAAAGAAAUCGAAGCUAAAGAAAGUAACCCCGGAGAAGAGCCACAAACCUUACAGCAGCAAGAGAACGUUGUAAUCAAAGGAUCUAAUGCUCGACAAAUGUUGAUGCAAAAAUUGAUGCGAAAAACAGAGUCUCGAGUUGUCGUUUUACGAAACAUGGUCGGAGUAGAAGAUAUUGACGAUGCAUUAGAAUCUGAAGUGACCGAUGAAUGUGGUAAAUUUGGCUCAGUUAAUCGUGUUAUCAUUUAUGAAGAAAAACAGUCAGAGGAUGAUGAUGCCGAAGUGAUUGUCAAAAUAUUCGUUGAAUUCAGUAACAGUCAAGAAGCCAUAAAAGCUCGUGAUUCAUUAAAUGGAAGAUUUUUCGGAGGCCGAAUUGUGAAAGCCGAAAUUUACGAUCAAACUCUAUACGAUGAAAAAGAUCUCUCUGGUUAAUGCAUGUGAUUUAAUUUAUAAUAUUUAAUUCAUCUCCACGAUUACCCGAAAAAAAGAAGAUUUAUCUUUCUCUCUCUCCCGCUUUUCUCAUAAACAACUACAAAAUACAAACACAACCACACAACCACACAAACACACACACAUACACUCACUCACACAAAAAGCCAAAAGCCAAAUCGAAACGGUUUAAAUAACUAAAUCAACCUCAUCAUCAACAACAAUCGUCGUGUUUGUCUCAAUCUCUACCUAUUAAAUAUUUUACUUAUUGAAAAAAAAA